AAUGAACGCAGUGACAUAAACGAACCCCAGGAACUAUCCAAGUCAAACAGAAAACCCUAUCCUUCUGAGCAAUUCAAGAUGGUUUUCGAAACUAUUUCAAGGAUAAUAAAACUCCAGCUUCCAGCGUACCUCAAGAAGCUUCCGCUUCCAGAGACGAUCGGCGGAUUUGCAAGGUUAACCGUGUCUGAUUGGCUCAGGUUGCUGCCUUUGCUUGGUAUCCUGGCUUUGCUGGGCUAUCUGACCAUUCGUCCAUUUCUGCCUAAGAAGAAAAAGCAGAAAGACAGCCUGAUCAACCUGAAGAUCCAGAAGGAGAACCCUAAAGUGGUCAAUGAGAUAGACAUCGAGGACCUGAACUGCACUAAUGUGUGUUACUGUCGCUGCUGGCGCUCCAAAACUUUUCCUGUUUGUGACAAGUCACACUUAAAGCACAAUGAACUAACUGGAGACAACGUGGGACCGCUCAUACUUAAGAAGAAGAUACUAUAAAUGACCACUGAUGGGGGUUUAUGUCUAACUUGUCUGUACUUUGUUUGUCUCUGUGUCAUAUAUGUUUUUUCUAAAUAAUAAUACAAUCUGACGAGUUAUUUCAUUGUAUUUUGCAAGUUAUAUAGGUCUUUGUUUUUUUUAUGUAUUGUUCAUCACUUAUUAGAUUGUUCACAAAACAGCCUUUUUGUAUCACUAAAAAUGGAUUUUGUCCAUGUGUCUGUCUUUUUGGACUCCAUUAAAAUGACUGGGACCACCUUUAGCGGACAACUUUGUGAUGACCUCUGUAGUCAUCGUGUUGUCUUUUCAGUAAAAUGGCAGUUUGAAUUAAAUUUCCAAUUUAGUGGUCCAACCUAAUUCUUACAUUUUGUGCUAUAUAUCUUUAUUUUGGACUAUUCUUUAUUAAACAGCUUACUGUUUUAUGUGCCUUUUCCCCCCACUUGCUUUAAGCAGUACGUGUGCCAAUUUUUACCAUGCCCAUUCUUUAAAGAUGUGAGAUAUUCUCUUCUAAGUUAUUGUAUGUAUGGGAGGCAACUUAUUUUGUCCAUCUUUUUUGGUUAAAGACAUUUAAAUGUUUAAGUUGUGUCUUUUUACUUUUCUUGCCUUAAAGCAUUUCAAACCACUGCCUUAUUGAGUAAUAUCCUUUCUCCAGUUUUACCUUCAAAUCUAUUGGAGUAUGAGACGAGCUGCCUAAGGAAUCACUGUAUAUAGCCGACUUCUUGCUGGAGAAUUUCCAUUAUGAUUAAUCCAUAAUAAUUCAUAAGUUAGGUUAUAUUGUCAAACCUAUAUUUUCAGGACCAUGUUUAUGAAUAGCUGUUGGUGAAUCUUUGUUAGAUUAUGGAUGAAUUGUGCUAAAUUAAAAAGGGAAAAGGAAAAAAAAAAGUGGUCAUGUUUAACUCAAAGUUUUAACAGGAUUUUAGUUUCUUUUGCUGUUUGCUUGGAGAACUCUUCAUGUGACUGAGUCUAAAUAAGUUUAAAUUCAUUACACUGUUACUAAGUGCAUUAUCCUCUGUUUAUCAGUUUCAUCAUGAGACUUGCAUUAUUAAGGGGAACAAAACCAAGACCAGUUUCAUUUGGUUUUACAGCUGUUUACCAACCUGGCUUUGCAUGUUUUCUUGCUAACAUUUGAAUCAGUGAUGCUGCUAAAGAAAAACAAAGAAUUUUUUUCAGUUUAA